CUUGAGAAGAAGUUGCUCUACACCCUCAGCUUUAUUGUUACGCACACACGAGGGGUUGAAUGGCAUCACUACCUUUCGAGAAACAUGCCAUGUAACUCGGAUCAGUUUGCUGCUUUGGAAAGGUUGUGACUGCAUCAUGACUGCCACUAGCAUUUCAUUUCUGUUACAGUGGUGGGUUGUGCAUUUGCCACAUUCAGCUUUACCAGAUCAAUAAUUCCACCUAUCUGCAGUCUGGUUAUUAAAAACAUGGUACUGCAGUCGUCAUUAAAGAACUGCCUCCAGCUGUCCUGCAUCUUCAGGACUCCAAAAGCUGGCUUCAGAAGCACAACUAGUGGAGGCCUCAUUAUCCAGUCUGUUUCUAAUGAUGUUUAUGAAAAUCUAGCUGUGGAAGAUUGGAUCCAUGACCACAUGAAUUUAGAGAACCAACAGGUUCUUUUCCUGUGGAGAAAUUCCCCUGCUGUGGUAAUGGGAAGACAUCAGAAUCCUUGGCAGGAAUGCAACCUCAGGCUCUUGAGGCAAAAAAAUAUAAAACUAGCCAGGAGAAAAAGUGGAGGAGGGACAGUUUACCAUGACUUAGGCAAUAUCAAUUUGACUUUCUUUACAAACAGGAAAAAAUAUGAACGAAUGGAAAACUUGAAAUUAGUUGUGAAGGCACUGAAAGCCUUGCGCCCCCAGUUAGAUGUACAUGUCACUGACAGAUACGACAUCCUGUUGGACAGGCAGUACAAAAUCUCAGGUACUGCUGCAAAGUUGGGAAGGACUACUGCUUAUCACCACUGUACCUUACUCUGUAAUGCAGAUAAGCUUGUUCUAUCUUCUAUACUAAAAAGUCCUUACAAAGGACUAAAAAGCAAUGCCACUCCUAGUGUGCCUGCCUCAGUAAAAAAUCUUUUUGAAGAGGAUCCUAGCUUAACUUGUGAGAUGCUCCUGGAUGCCAUUGCUGAACAAUAUGCUACGCAACACCAAAUAGAUCAUCAUAUCACCUUAAUAAAUCCAGCUGAUGAGGUUCUGCUUCCUGGAAUUAAUAACAGAGUGAAAGAACUACAAAACUGGGAGUGGGUGUAUGGAAAGACACCAAAGUUCAGUAUUAGCACUUGUUGUAACAUGGUCUAUAAAGAUUCUGUGCUUGAUGUUAAAGUAGAUAUGGACAUAAAGCAUGGAAGGAUUGAAGUCUGUAACAUUGGUCUGCCAGAGCAGUGGUUGCCACCAGCACUGUGUAGUGAACUGGUGCAAAGCCUUACUGGCAGUAAGUUUUGCCCAAAUGAAACCACUACAGUAGCGACGACAUUACUAAGAAUGCUUCCACAAGAUGAUGAGUUGCACAGCAGGUGGAAUCUGUUGUGUGAGAAUAUGAUGAUGUUAAUGUGACUUGCAUUUUGAAA